CCAGAGCCUUGUCUGGGCGGAUCAAUUUUGUCAGUGGCGUUUCAGAGAGAGAGAAAAAAACACUCGUCCAGAAACAGCAAACAUUCAUCUGAGAGUCUGUAAUGCAAAAGGUUGAAGGAUACACAGCUCUGUUCAAUUCUGGAGAAUCAGUAACAGCAAGUUGACAAGAUACCACCCAUCACAACGGAAGUAACUUACUUAACUGGCGGGAGACUACCUCUGAGGCUCCCAAUGGAUGAUGAAGAGGAGGACAUGUCUCUUCAGCGUCCUGUCUCCCAGUGCUGGGGCACCCCCUUCAGGGAAAUCAAGUUUCAUGACAGGGAGAGCAGGGACAGAGAAGACACCCAGGACAGGUCUACACAGACGUCGACUGGACCCAACGCCAUUGUCCCGCGGUCAGAGGGACACAACAUCAUGGUACCACAAGGCCACAACAACAACAACAACUUUCCCUGCGGGGUGCAGGACAAUCACCAGGGAAGAAUACUGUUCCAUGGCAACGCUGGAUUCCGCUUGCACUUCCCAGCUCGGUUCGAGCCCAUGGACGAUCGGGGAGAGAGGCGGAACGAGGAGGGAAGGAGGGAGGACGAGGAGAGGAGGAGAAUGGAGGAGAGACCAGAGGAAGAGCGGGUGGAGGAUAGCGCGGAGGCGAGGAUCGGACGUAAGCUCCGGGAGAUCGGAGACCAGUUCCACCAGGAACAUGUUCAACUGUUCCUGCGGCAUCAGAGGGAUGUCCUACCAGUCUGGAUUCGUCUGACCAUGGCCCUCUACGGCUUCCUGUUUAACAGAGAGGCCCCUGCUGUACCCCGCCUGAGAGGACAGGAAAGAUGAGGGGUACCUUCCACCCACUUCGGGUGUCUCCUCUCGCCUCCCCCCGUCCCUGAAAACGAGGGACCAGACUCUGUAUGAUGGAACACGGGUUUGGAUUCGUUUUGGUUUUUUUUUUUCAAUCAAAGACGACGAAGAAGAGAACGAUAGUCACUGCUGGACAGAGAUUAGAAUCACGUUCCUUUUCUCUAUCUCUCUCUUCUCCUCUUUCUUCAUGAUGAUGAUGAUGAUGAUGAAGAAGCCAUGCUGUUUCAAGAUAUACAUAUUUUCUAAAAUAUAUAUAUAUAUAUAUAUAUAUAACUAUUUAGUACAGUAGAUAGCAUCUUUUUGGUUUGAAAACACGCCAAAAGGAAAUGGACAAGAAGCACGGGAUGAAAUUUAAAGAGAAAUCCCUUAAAGAAAACAGCGUUGUGGACAUGGAAGGUCGUGAAGUUCUACUCACCAACCCACCACGAUCUUACCAACAGGCACAUUUUUCCAAUGUAUUUUUUUGAAGAAUACAAACUCCCUGUAACUAAAUCUGUUUCACUGUUCCACACUGAUAUAUAUAUAUGACAAAUGGUUUGUCGUAAAGAUUCUGUGGUCGUUUCGCCGUGACAAGCAGGGUCUUAAGACAUGUCUUGUUGAGCUCCGGUGUAGAUUGAGAGAGUGUCUUUAUCCUGUGUCUUUUGGUAAUACCAGCCAACAGCAGUUGGGUUUUGACAUUCAGUCUGAAUGAGAUGAAUGCCAGGUCCAUUUUUUUUUUUGAUUGACAGUAUGAAUGUAUGUGUACUUUAAAGAUUCUAAGACUUAGGUCUGCAAUGUAUUCAUUCAAUCAAGCAACCUGACUGAGUUUAAGUUUUUAGUGUGAGUAGGGCAUUUUGUCGUCCGUGAAACCAAAAAAAAAAAUCCCCCCCCCCCCAAAAAAACUGCGUAAAAUUUGUUUUGUCGGAGUUGAGGACUUUACUCCUGUGGAAAAGCUUCUUUUCUUUUUUUUUUUUGUUGAUGAACCUAUCGUUAUGAAGAUGUAUUUAUCUGGCUGGAUUGACAAUCACAACCAACAGACCGACCAACAGACCUGGUGAUUUGACACAGUUCUAUCUGUUGUAGCGUUACGAGUCUGCUGUGAAAAGGGCAAAUAAAAGUUGUUGUACAAUCAAGGAUUUGGAGCAAUACUGUAUUGACGAAUCAGUGGAAGGCACUAAAACCUUAGGGAUCUAUUGCAGUUACAAUCGAAUUGUCAUUCGUGGAAGAACAGCUCUUUUUUUUUCUUUUAAACAAGGCAAUCAAUCAAUCGAUCGUUCAAUGAAGUUCAUCUUCACACUUGACAACAUCACUCAGUUCAAUGAAAUGGAUUUCACCUUUUACUCUCUCUCUCUUAACACAAUCUUAGCGUGAAUCACUUUGGCAUCAACUCCCAAACACAGAUACAAUUGCCAUGUAUACAAACAUGAGUAAAUCCACAAUAUAAUUUUUUUUUUUUGUGUGUUUUUUAUUUUUAUUUUUUUACUGAGGGCUCAGCAGUAACAGUUCUAGUAUUUUACCUGCUGUCCAUAUGCACCUAUGGCCUAGAAUCUGUUUGUAAUGGUGACCGCAUUUUAGAUCAUGCUGCUUUUUUAAAAAUAAACCCAACCAUCACUGCUUUUUAAACUUUAGUUUUAUUUCAGAGUUCUUACUACAUGUUCUUAUUUGAGUACGUUUUAAAAAGUGGUUUUAAAGAUGAUGAUGAUAUUAACAGAAGACAGGAUUUUUUUUUUAAACUAAUGUUAAAACAAAAAAAAAUUAAAAAAUUUAAAAUUGUGAUUUGAAUAUAUUUGAUGAAGACACUGAUGGGGUUUCCUUUUUUAGUUUUAGUUUUUUUUUUAAAUAUAUUCUUCAGGGAGUAGUUGUUCAGUCACAUGCCCGCCAUACUGAGUGUUUUUAUUCUACUUUAACAAGAUGAAAAUAUGCAAAUUCCCAUUAAGAACAACAAGCUUUGCAUGUGUUGCUCUACCCAAAAUAGAACCACAUGACGACAUCUGAUCGACAGGCUUGUUUCCCAAAUGGCACCCUAUUCCCUAAUAUAGUGCACUACUUUUGACCAGCUUUGAUCAGAAGUAGUGCACUAUAUUAGGGAAUAGGAUGCCAUUUGGGUUUCAUCCAUGUUCUUUGAUGGUUAUCAGUGACAUCAUUGACCACAGACACUGUUCUGUUUUGACAGAACGUUGCCUGCAAACCACUGAAUGCUGAGCCAGUUGAAGUAUCUCUCUCUCUCUCUCGUUCUCUCUCUCUCUCUCUCUCUCUCUCUCUCUCUCUCUCUCUCUCUCUCUCUCUCUCUCUCGUUUCUCUCUCUCUCUCUCUCUCUCUCUCUCUCUCUCUCUCUCUCUCUCUCUCUCUCUCUCUCUCUCUCUCUCUCUCUCUCUCGUUCAACUCCUCACUCAAUCACCAGCUACUCCCUGGACUUUCUAGAAUUUUUUUUUUUUUUUUUUUACAAAUGUUUGAAACUUUUUUAUUUGAUUUUUAGAAGUAAUUUAUUCUAAUUUAUUUUUUUCACUCAGUGCUACUGUAUAGCUAUCGGGAUGUACACAGUUUCUUCUCCUAGUUGAUGGAACAGUCAGUCAGUAACACUACUGUGUGUUAGUGUCCUAAAUGGGACCCUAUUCCCUAUGUAGUGUGUUACUUUUGACCAGAAAAUAGUGUACCAUUGGGGACUCACCCUGUGUGUUAGCUGGGCCCGUGGGUUGGGAGGACAGACGGACUAAUGUGUCUUAUACUAAGCUGUGUUAAUGGGUCUUUUGGGAAUCACACCAACCAAACCAGCAGACAAUCAAAUGUACUAAAUGUGCCUUGUGAGUAUGAGACCAGCCACAUCAACCAUCAUCCAUCACAACCAUCUGGUCAUGGUUAUCUACAGAAUGGGGGUCACAGCUCUCCUUGUUCAGUCUGGUCAUGGUUAUCUAUAGAAUGGGGGUCACAGCUCUCCUAGUUCAGUCUGGUCAUGGUUAUCUAUAGAAUGGGGGUCACAGUUCUCCUUGUUCAGUCUGGUCAUCAGUCUAAAGGCUCAGCUGUGACAGAUCUAUAGCACAAUAGCUGCCUGGUUGACCAUAUGUGUGUCCCAAAACUUCCCUAUGUAGUAAAGGAGUGUGUCCCAAAUGGCUCCCUAUUCUCUAUUUUAGUGCACUACAUUUGACCAGGGCCCAUAGGGAAUGUGGUGCCAUUUGACUAGGGCCGAUAGGGAAUAGGGUGCUAUUUGACCAGGGCCCAUAGGGAAUAGGGUGCUAUUUGACCAGGGCCCAUAGGGAAUAGGGUGCCAUUUGACCAGGGCCCAUAGGGAAUAGGGUGCUAUUUGACCAGGGCCCAUAGGGAAUAGGGUGCCAUUUGACCAGGGCCAAUAGGGAAUAGGGUGCUAUUUGACCAGGGCCCAUAGGGAAUAGGGUGCCAUUUGACCAGGGCCCAUAGGGAAUAGGGUGCCAUUUGACCAGGGCCCAUAGGGAAUAGGGUGCUAUUUGACCAGGGCCCAUAGGGAAUAGGGUGCUAUUUGACCAGGGCCCAUAGGGAAUAGGGUGCUAUUUGAUCAGGGCCCAUAGGGAAUAGGGUGCCAUUUGACUAGCAUUUUGGACACAACCAUAUCGACCCUCUAGGGCACAUGCCUAAUCUAUGACCUUUAACCCUGACCCCUCUCAACCCUGACCCCUCUCAACACACACACACUCCCGGGCUCAUCGCCCCAAAACUCAAAUAUCCAAAUGACUGUUGACAAUCAACGUGCACUGGAAAGUAAUUUAUAUGCACCCACUCUUCAGACUCCUGUACUGAACCUCUCUAGAUCCAUAUUUAUAUGCACCCACUCUUCAGACUCCUGUACUGAACCUCUCUAGAUCCGUAUGUCUUUAAGAUCUGUUGUAUGCUGGCUCGGCCUAGCUCGACAAGACUAGCUUUCUGUGUCCCAAAUGGCACCUACUCAACAUUAUAGUGCACUCCUAUUGACCGGGUCCCAUAGUGGUUCCCAGAGGGGUCCCAAAUGGGCUCCCAUAGGGCUCUGGUCAAAAGUAGUGUACUAUAUUGAAAAUAGGGUGCCGUUUGUUACACGAACUAGUAGCGAUGUAGGAUGAGGGUACAAGGAGGAGUGAGCCACCAUGGCAUCCAGUAUUAUUUGUAGGUAGGAGGGGUUGUGUGGUCAUCAUAUGGGUUGGUGUUGACGUCAAAUCCAUAAGAACCAACCAUUGUCUCAACCCUUCGAGGUUGAAACUUAUAUAAUAUGUUCAACCUUCAGUAUCAUGAAUAUUAAGUCAAAAGAAAAUCAUUCGGUUUUUUGAAUUUCCCAAGAAAGAGUGAAUCUUAACUGUUAAGUGCUGUGAUUAUUUGUGUUUUAUAUCAACAAACAAAACAAUUAGCUGCAGCUAAUUCUUAACUUGCUAACUUUCUAAGCGAAAAAAAACCUUUUUGUAUACUUUUGUAAAAAAGAAAACAAAUGUAACAAUGAAGUCCGAAAACAUGAUUUUUUUAAGUGUUGUGACAUGCUUUUUGGUUUUUGCCAAUUUAAGUCCGCUGUGUCGUUCUCAGUUCAAGGGCUGUUUUUGAUAUUUGAUCAUUCUGUAUAUGGAGUAAAAAUGCAUGUCCCAGCAUUCCUGAAAUCUGUGUUUGAAUGUAAAUGAAUUGAGAGGAAAAAACACAAUCUCUUUUUUUAAAUACUAUAUGAACUGAAACAUUGUGAACUUCCAUCUAACUCCUGCUCUGUUGAACUAGGACUCUCUUUAGCAUUGCCUUCAUAUCACAUCAUUCUAGAACACAUCAUUAGAGCUCUCAGAACCAUCUUCAAAUAUCACAUCAUUCUAGAACACAUCAUUAGAGCUCUCAGAACUGUCUCAAGGAUUCCACAUCGGUCGGGGCGGUGUGUUUUAUGAAGGAAGGCCCAGUCUAAAUGUAGCAGAACUGUCUGUCCAAAAUGGCACCCUAUACCCUAUGUAGUACACUACUUUUGACCAGAGCUCUAUGGGCCCUGGUCAAAAGUAGUACAUAACAUAGGGAGCCAUUUGGGAUGCAGGCGGUGUUAUGAGAUGCUUCUGAGAGCCCUGCAUGGUUUUCAAACAGCGUGAAACAAGGGGAAAGAGAGGGGGAACGAGGGAGAUAUUUGUUUGUCUAGUGCAAUAUGCUGUACAUAAAGAGCUUGGCUCUACAAAAUCCACAAAUCUUACAUUUUUCUCUAAUGAAAUGUAAUUUUCUUGUUCAAUGGGUACAUUGCUGUCUUUUUCAUUAAACUGUUCUGAAAGUUUCAAAAUGUCUUGUU